CAGGGUGGGGUCACAAGCAGGGAGAGGCGGAGGAGGAAAAGGCAGAGAGAGAGAGCCCAGCCCUUGAACGCACGGUAACAACACGCCGACAGAGAGAGAGGGAGAGACUCCGAGAGACUGGCCGCUUUUUGGGGGGCGCAGAGGGAACCUUCGACGCUGCGGAUAUGAACUGAAAAGGCACGCGGGCAGAGGCUGGGAUCGCGUUGCUGAAUCCCGAAAAUCUAGUGUAAAGGUGGAAAACGAGUCCCCCCCCGAACCCCGCUCUCUCUCUCUCUCCACAGUUCUUAUUCAGAUACAGCUACACCCAAAGCCCCGAGCGACCCCCUCCUGCUCCUGCUGCUCCACCCCUCCGCCGCUGCAGCGCUCCGGCAACCGAGAUGCACACGGAGACCCGUAGCAAGAAAUGCCAGUCGACGCCUAAGCAGAAGAAGAGUGCGGUCCGGAAGAAGCAGAGGAGCCCGGCCAAGCAGAGCACCUUGACCCAGCAGCAACCUCCGCCGUCAUCAUCGCCACCUCUGCCGGCCCCGGCCCAGGAAGAGGGGGAGGAGAAGGAAAGGGAGGAGGAGCCGGCCACCGGGCCUCGGCCGCUGAAGGAGAAGGAGGAGGAACCCGGCGAGGAGGAGCGAGAAGCGGCGACCAAGCCUGUGAAGAAGAAGAAAGAAAAGGAGGUGGAAAAGGAGGCGGCGAAGGCAGACAUGCCCUCUGUACAGAUCAAACCAGAGCCAGAGGAGAUGGAGUGCACGGCCCAUGUCAGCUGCCCGCAGCCAACAGACCUGAAGGUGAAGACCGAGCCGCCGCUCUGCAAGACGGAGCCGUCUUCGCCCCACACGUCCCCCGCCGAGGACCAGACGGAGCCCGUUGACCUGUCGCUCAACAAGCCGCGCUCCUCCUCGCUGCCCGCGUCGGCCACCAGCGCCACCGUCAACCCAGUGGCCCAGCCCAGCCUGUCGGCCACGCCGGUCCCGUCUGCGGUCCAAUCCAUAGGCUCCAUGGUCCUCUCCCCGGGCUCCAUCUUGGCCACGCAGGGCGCCGGGGGCCAGCAGAUCCUGCACGUCAUCCACACCAUCCCCUCGGUCAGCAUGCCCAGCAAAGUGGGCCAGCUGCAGACCAUCCCCGUGGUGGUGCAGUCGCUGCCCGUCGUCUACACCACCAUGCCCACCGACGGCGUGGCGGCGGCGGCCAUCACCGUCCCGCUCAUCGGCAGCGACGGGCGCUCGGAAGGAUCCGUUCGUAUUAAGCCGGGUUCCACGUCUCCGGUGGAGUACCAGAGUGACAGCGACGCAGAGAGCGGGACGGAGUCCGGAUCGGCCUCCCUGAGCGCCCAGAGCCUCGACGCAGGGUCAGUUAUGGACUUAGAGCCUGUCGAUCCCGAUUCGCCGGACAUCAAGAGGAGGCGAAUCCACAUGUGUGACUAUGAAGGCUGUAAAAAGGUUUACACCAAAAGCUCCCACCUAAAAGCCCACAGGAGGAUACACACAGGGGAGAAACCCUACCACUGUACCUGGGAGGGCUGCACCUGGCGCUUCGCCCGCUCCGACGAGCUGACCCGGCAUUUCCGCAAGCACACAGGAAUCAAACCGUUCCGCUGCACCGAGUGCGACCGCUCCUUCUCGCGGUCCGACCACCUCUCCCUGCACCGCCGGCGCCACGUCAUGAUGUGAACUCUGACCUUUUGCCCCCCCGAGGUGUCAGAACCCCUCGCAGCACAUCUCGUCCCAGAGUCCACGCGCCCCCUCCUCCUCCUCCGCUGCGCACAAACGUCUCUACUUCCUGUUUGACUCCGCGCCCCUGCUGAUCUUAAGCGGCAUCAGCAGAUGAGGAGCGCUCUGUACCUCCAGCCUCCUCCUCUUCAUCGGGAAAAUCACACAAACAUCAGCAAGCGUCUUUGUGGCGAGAACAGGACUUGUGUUUUCAACAUCAUCGUGACCGUCCACCGUUCCCCCCUCCCACCCGACCUUCAGCAGAAAGAGAAGGAUGGACCGAAACACAUCCAACAGCAGGGACGCUCAUUCAUCCAUCCAUCCAUUCACUCGCUCACUCAUCCAUCCAUCUCAUCCAUCCAUUCAAAGGAAGAAGACAGGACGAAAGGGGGAAUGAUGUGUGUUGUUUGUAAACUAAACCAGGAGGAGUCAAACAGCUGUGUGUUCAGCUGCUUUUCUGUAUUUUAAUAUUUUAAUUUUGUACAUAUGCAGAGUUGGGAAGUUUAGUGAGGCGACAAAUGACAUUGUUUCUGGGUUUCUGGGUCAAAAGGUCAAAAAGAGAGAUCGAAGCCGGGAUUCUGCUUCUCUAACCUCAUUGUGACUGAAGGAAUCUUAACCUAUAAGAACCCACGUCAUCAAACACAACAGAUUUGUGGACAGACGUGUUGCACAUCCCCACAAGCUUAUAAAUGUCUUCUGGCUCUUAUAGGUUAAGACAAAACAUGAUCUCCAGCUUAAAGUAACAAUUGAAAUAAUAGUUAAAUCCAACUAGGCCCUAACCAGCUGAUCACACGUUACCAGGCCUUUUGUGAGUCAUUUAUUUCAUGUUCUGAGGGAAUUACGUGUAAAACCUUGAUCCCAAACAAUAUUAACAGCAAAUACAUCAUGUUGCCUGAACUGCAAAGUUUCUUUUGUAGAGAAAAUGAACAAAUUGAACAUUUAGCACCUGGAGCUUCUUCAUAAACAUUUUAAAAAAAGAGUCUGAGACUAAUUGGGUGACGUUGAAAAUAGGAGCUUUUAAGUCAAGUAUUUACUAAACAGUAGAAGUAAAGGCAUUGUGUGUGUGUGUGUGUGUGUGUGUGUGUGUGUGUGUGUGUGUGUGUGUGUGUGUGUGUGUGUGUGUGUGUGUGUGUGUGUGUGUGUGUGUGUGUGUGUGUGUGUACAUCAAGUUACAUCAAAUACAUAAUUCCUCUUGGGCAAACCUGUCUGAGUCUGAGACCUAAAAGUACUUCAUUUAGUUUUGAUCCCUCUUCUUCUUUAUUUGCCUGCAUCCUCAUCCUCAUCCUCAUCCUCAUCCUCCAGACCCCCCCUCCCCCCACCCCCACCUCCACCUCCACCCUUGGUACAUGGAGCUACAAGACUGUGAACUUUAUAAAGAUUAAUUUGUCGCCAUUGUAUCACUCACAUUAACGUUGUUUAUGCGUCCUAAACCCCUGCACAGACGCCUCUGAUCCCUUCAUGAGAACAGUAUUUGCUUUUAAUGCCUCAUUGUUGCUUUCUUCCUUCUUUGUGUCGUUUACCUUUUCCUUCACACAAAUAGUUUCUGUUUUUUGUCGUCGUUUUCCGAGGCUGUGAAAAAGACAGGAGACACAAAAAGUUUGAGAUUACAAGCAAAAUGCAGGGAACAGGGGAGAUUUUCUCAAUGUGUGUGUGUGUGUGUGGUUUUGUGCGUAUUGUUCCAGUGUGUGCGUGUGUGUGUUGGUGAGUGUGCAUGCUUUGAGAUAAACACAUCAGAAUUUAAGAUUUUUAUAAGUGUGUUCCGGGCACUUGUUCUUUUACCUCUUGCCCGUUGAGCCUUAAUAACUGAAGUCAAUCUGUAAAAGGGCGAAACCAGAACCACCGACGGACGACAUUUGGCCAAAUACCACUUAGGAAUUGUUGCUUUUAUGCUUUUGGAACCCAGAACCCAGUUUUUGCACUUCCUAUUAGAUUGCUCUUUGCUUUCUGUGAAAUGUUCACUCCAAAAAUAUGUCACAUCCCUUUUUGGCCUCUGUGGACUUCCUCAUGGAUGUAAAAUGUAUCAAGGUAAAGAAAAGUGGCCUCGGCGGUUCUGCUGCUGAGAGUCCCAGUAAGCGGGUCGUCUGUUGGUGGUUCUGGCAGACACCAGGCGUUGUGUCGGGCAGCCAGGGUCCGUCAUGCCUGGGGUUAAAACCACGGGGAAACUAAGCUCUGUCAUUAGGAUUUCUACACAAAAACAACUUUCCUUCAACUUUUCUCAAUCUAGCUGACACGAACCGUGCUGCGGCAUGAUCCCACGUGCGUAGCACAGAGACCACAGUAUGUUGUCCACCUCCUACGUGGGCUGUUUUUCAGCACCUCAUCUGGGCUGAACCUGAUUAUGCAACGUUAUGCAGACCUCGCUCCGAGUGCUGCUCUGAACUCAGUCGUGCAGCGCUGGCUGGUAGCACAGCUCACAGCGCGACCGCCUUCCAGGCAAGUCGGGUUGUGUAGAGCGGCUGGAACUCCCCUCAGACGGGGAACAGAACCGCCGGGGCCCCGUGAUGCCAUGAGUAUACGAUCAGUGGAAAGCAACACAACCAAAUAGACACAACUUGGGUCCGGUGGUGCUGCUCCAUUCACCCCUCAGAGCUGAUGCCAUGAAUUGGAUGGACAACGGGGCUGCUUGCUAUUCAGUCUGCCCGCUGCAAAAAUAUCCCUGUAAACAAGUUGCUGAAGCUGGUGUGGGAUUUGGAUUCUGUCUCGGCUAAAUUCAACUACUUGUUUGGAGGGUUUUUGUUUUUGAUUUGACUUUCUUUUCCUUUUUUUUUUUUUUUUUUUUUUGCAGUGCUGAGCAAUACAAUGUUCCUGUUUCCCCUAACAUCCCCUCUCUGCUUCAAGUAAAAUACAAACAAACAAAAAAAGUUACUAAGCACAUCUUUCUAGAAGAGUAUAUGCAUUUGAUUGCAAUUUUCUUUCUUUUGUAAACUGUUGAUAAAGUCAUAAAGGAAAAUUACAAAUAAUUAAAAGAAAUCCAUGUAUAUAAAUGUAUAUAAUCAGAAAUGUGCAGAGUAAAUGUAACGGGUGAAUUUCUAUUUUUAACACUGACUAGAUAAUGUGAAAAAAAAACUUUUCUUCUUCCUCAGUUGGUUUGACGAAAAUGUGUUUUAUCAUGUGUUCUUUUUUUCAAAUCUAUUAAUACAUUUGUUUCGUAGUUUUCUUAAAAAAUUGGUCCCACUUGUGUUGUGCACACUUGUGUUGCAUGGAGAGUAGCCUUCUUGUUUCUUAGUGACGUUGGUGAGUGUGUGCGUGUGUGUGUGUGCGUGUGUGUGUGUGUGGGAAAGAACAGUGUGUUACCACUAACAUUAGAGGAAAGAGGAAACUCAGUCCAGAUGAUUUAUUAAGAAUCAAUUCAUGGCCACAAACCCGGGGCUUUCUGCUUGGACCUCAUUUAAAUCAUCACUAGACAGCGAGCUACUCAGUGAAAUGUGACAUUUACUUGGUGUGGGUCCGGAAACAUUUGACCCAUAAUGUGUUCCGACGGACCUUUCCAGUUCAGAUGGGGCUAAAACAUUUACUGAAAUUCCCAAAUAAAACCAAUAUAAUUAUUGUAACACAUAAGAAGUCUCAGUGAAUGCACUGUAUAUUCUUAGACUCAUGUUUCUGUUCAGUGCUAACAAAAUACGUGCCAGUUUAUCUUCUAAAACUAAUCUCUCUUUUAUAACUAAACACUCCUUAGUGUUACAGAAGCUACCUGGACAGGCUUUAACCUAGAGAGGACCUAAGCUCCUCACAGAUAAACAAUUCCUUUUAUUAUGGACACAGGGUUUGGAAAAGUUCCUUUUUUUUCUAUUUUUAAUAAAAUAUGUUCAUUGGUUUACAAAAUAAAAGCCCCUCCUUUCACCUGUUGUGGUGUGUGGCCAUGCAAAUAGCUUUCGUUCAUCGUGACUGAGGCAGAUGAGGAUGAACCAAAGCUGCGUGCGUGUCACGAUAGCACAUAUGAUGAGGAAACCGGCCUCUGUGAGUCUUCAGCCGCUUCUGUUUCUGUGAUUGUUGAGUUUGGUGUUUUACAAGCGGACACGACCACAAAUACUAAAACCUCCCGUGUCUCCUCGAGGAGUCCGUCUCACGCCUGGCGCUGUUUCUGAGAGCUUGAUGCAUGUGUUGGUGUUUUUUCCUGCUUCCUGUUGUUCUGUUGACGUUUGUGCCAGCUUGUUUCACCCCGGUGUCAUCGUAUGAAACGGGAAUGUGCAUCUGGAAACGGGAGACAUUUCUAAGGUUUCGUUCCCGCUUAGACCUUAACGGGACGGAGUUCACACCUGAAGGUGACGUCACUGACUUGUGUUCGUCCAUGUGCGCGUGCCUCGACUCACAGCAAAAUCAUUUCCUCUGCAAAUCAGAAAUUUUAGGUAUUUUCUAUUGAAUGCAGUAACUUAUGGGCCAGUACUAUAUUUACUCAGUGCAAUGCAGUUAUAAUAAUACAAUUAUUAAUAAUUUCCUCCUUUUUUUGUAUUUGUACAGAACAAAUGUGUAAAGAUCAGUGAGGAAAACGUGAGCUUUUUGAUACUGUGACACAUGGUGUUUAAAAGUCAGUUUGUCCCUGUACAGCUGUGAUUAUUUCCCCUUCCUUCUUCUUUUAUAGAAUAAAAAAUGUUUUUGGUGCAAUUUAA